AUGGCGGCCAUCGAGCGCACGCCACCAAUACCACUAUGGCGACUCGAUGGGCAGUAUCCCGACGGACCAAGUUUUGGCAGCUGUCGUUCUGCCUGGAGCGUUUGGGCGAAGGUCGUGGUAAUCUCUCCAUCCCCCACCCUGGACGACAUGGCGUUCACACAGCGCAACGAUCCGAACAGGACUUCCCAGGUCCAAGUCAUCAAUCCACCACACCCUGUUCAGGACCCUUGCGGGGCGUCGUCUUCUCUCCCCACCGCCCCCAGCAAAUCCAGAGACCGACGCUCCCCGGAGCGAAUGCAGGAGACGAGACACUGA